GCGAAUUUCCGUUCAAAUUCAGUCUGACAGUAAAUGUUUCAAAAUUCAAGUAAUGCUGGAAUAAUCCUGCACCAAAUCGCAUUUACAAAUGUUUUGUGGAGCAGCGUCUCAGUCUAAGUGUAGAUAAUCAUUAAUGCCUAGUAACCAAGUGAUGUCUGCAUUUAAUAUGGCAAAACUUAAUCCGAAUGUGGAGGCAGCCGUUAAAAUGCUGAGUCCACUUUUAAAAAAUCCCUUUGGCCAGCUUGUGAUAUCCUUUAUGUUGGGCUACUUUGUCACCACAAAGUUGUCACAAAUUGUUAACAAAAUAAAGGGAAACGAGGGCCAAACUGAAUGUGCCAAAUCGGAAAAUAAAGAGCCGGAUAAUAAGGAUGGCCAUGGACUUGUGCCGGAAGGAGAGAAGGUUCUUCCACUUAGCCUACGGCAAUUGGCCGAUUUCAAUGGAAUGCUAGAUGACCAACCAGUUUACACAGCCUUAAAUGGAAAAAUCUAUGAUCUGAGUCCUGCCCGUGAUAAGUACGGCAGUCAGGGUCUUUAUUCCCUUCUGGCUGGAUGCAAUGCCAAUCAGGUCUUAAAUAUUGCAUGUGGUUCCAUGGGCGUAUGCACCGACGAUAUUGUGAACCGUUGGGAGCAAAGCCUCAAGGCCGAGUUCAAUAUCGUCGGUUAUUUGAUUGAGGAGGAUGAGGAAGAUAUGGCAGGAACGGAAUCCACUGCCAGCGGAGUUGGAGACCUAGAAACUUAGGAAAUGUAAAGGCUUCUUGGUUUUGUUUUGUAAUAAAGAAAACUUUGUUUUUGGAUCUAAU